AUGUUGAGUUCAAAAGAACGAAGGAAAUUCAUCGCUAGGAUUAUGCAUAAAUCCAUUGCUGCCCAGCUGCUCAGCUGCCGAGCUGCCGAGGCUUCGGAAAAGGAGGUGUGGAAAAAAAAAGUUCAAAGAUAUCCCGAAGGCGACUUGAUGUCAAGAAGCAAUAAUAGCCAUAACUUACAAAGCGAAAAGCACCAUGCAUGCCACAGCCAGGGGUACUUAGGUAAAGGUGAAGCGCGUGCCUCUACAAACAAUCCUCUGGUGAGAUUCCGUUAUAAUGUGUGUCGCACGGUCUCCCGGGAAUUCCGAAAGUAUCAGAAAGCUAUCUGCCCUAACAAAUUAAGGACCCAUAUCGGUAAGUCUAAUAGUGAUGCAGAAGAAGUGUGUUGUAUUAAUGUGGAGCCUUUAGGGGGCAGCCAUGGCAUUAACAACUUGAAGAUCGUGCUUGGCCUGGCAGAAGAGAUGACUUUCCAGGGAAAGUAUAUACAAAUCGUCACCCAAUCCUCUCCUGUGUAUCUCACAGACCAACUGAGCUAUAGAGAUACUGUGAAACUCAAAACGGUCUGGAACUGUAAAUCUCGUCAUAUUAACUGGAUCUAUAUAUCAUUUUUCGUUACAAGUCCCUUUCCCAAAUUGGCACAACCAAAUUACGUCCCAGCAAAAAGAUCUGGGCUAAAAUUUAGGCCAAGCUCUCCGAUCUUCUGUAAUUGUUUGAUUCACUUUGUCUGUCUAAUAACCAUGGAUGAAGUCCUGCUUGCUCAAAUUCUAGGAAAAGUUAGAGUAAAUAGCUUCUUGCUCCACGUAUUGCGUUUCCUCUUCUCCCCCUCCUUUGAGAAAGGACUCUUCAGUAUACAAGCGGAUCCGCAAUGGGCGUGGUCAUGGCCAGUAUGCGUAAAACCAAGGCUACCGAAGGUGAAGGUUCAAAUGACUGAUAGGAAAACCGGUAAGCCCUCGCCAGUACCAAUACUAGUGGAAUCAAAAAUCAAGUUUAAUCAUGCUCUCUUAACGACGAAGCUUGCCGAACUCCACCACCUAGCCCUAUUCACUAACCACUUACUACCUAGCCCACUCCUUCAAAUCAACUCAGAGUCUCAUGCCCUCGCUAUUGAGACUAUGCACACCUACAAUCAACGCUCUCAACCGUACGAAUUACGUUUCAUACUUUUCGUCUCAGUACUGUCACGUGAGCCGUAG